UGCUAGUGGACAGUGGAUCAUCAGACCAGGUGGGUCCUCAGACCAGGUGGGUCAUCAGACCAGGUGGGUCCUCAGACCAGGUGGGUCAUCAGACCACACCAUCAGACUACACCUGUUUGGACGAGACUCUACCAUCAGACCAGGUGGGUCCUCAGACCAGGUGGGUCCUCAGACCAGGUGGGUCCUCAGACCAGGUGGGUCCUCAGACCACACCAUCAGACUACACCUGUUUGGACGAGACUCUACCAUCAGACCAGGUGGGUCCUCAGACCAGGUGGGUCCUCAGACCAGGUGGGUCCUCAGACCAGGUGGGUCAUCAGACCAGGUGGGUCCUCAGACCAGGUGGGUCAUCAGACCAGGUGGGUCCUCAGACCACACCAUCAGACUACACCUGUUUGGACGAGACUACCAUCAGACCAGGUGGGUCCUCAGACCAGGUGGGUCCUCAGACCAGGUGGGUCCUCAGACCAGGUGGGUCCUCAGACCACACCAUCAGACUACACCUGUUUGGACGAGACUCUACCAUCAGACCAGGGUGGUUGACAGUGGGUCCUACUCUGACCAACAGUAACUUCAACUCAGAGUCUUACUCCUCCCACUUCUCAAUCACACAGUCUCACCUCUCAGGCUGUACGGAGGAGAUAGAGCGUCUACGACCCAAGUCUCCUCCCUCCAAGCUGAAGUCAGACCGUGGAGGGGGGUCAUCCCGUGGGGGGCGGGGGGGUCCUAACGCCGGCCGGGGGGGGGACAGGGGCCGGGAGAGGAACAGGUCCUUUAGGGGGGACAGGGGAGGGUUCAGAGGGCGGGGGGGUCCACACCGCGGGUUCCCACCUCGCUAG